CAAAAAUACACUUUAUACUCAGUAUAUUUCCAGGGUCAUCGUACCGGUUUUACUCUUGAUUUUUGAGAGUUUUCCGAUGUGACGCACUUGUUGGACCCUCCCACUGUGGCAAGACAAGGAGGGUGAGGCGGCACCUCGCACACACAGCCAGCGGACGAACGGCGCACACAGACGCACGAGGGGCUGAGCCGCCGGGCGAAGCGAGCGCAGUGAACAACAAGCCAUCGAGGAUUUUUAUCCGGAACGAUGAAGCUCUCUGUGCUCGCGUUCCUGCUCUUCACCGUCGGGGCGGUGAACGGCGAGAAGCGCACGCUCAAGUACAUCUACACAGCGUUUUCUUUGCCCAGCAAGACCCAGAUCCCAGAGUUCACCGCCAUGGGCCUCCUGGACCACAUGCAGCUAGACUACUUUGACAACAGGAACAUGACAAAGCUUCCGAGGAAGCCGUGGAUGCUGCGUGAACUCGGGCAGGAAUACUUCGACAAGGGUACACAGUCCCGUCGCAACAAGAUGCAGUGGUUCAAGGUCAACCUGGACAUCCUGAUGAAGCGAAUGCACCAGAACAACACGGAUCCCCAUGUCCUACAGUGGGAGCAUGGAUGUGAAGUUGACCAGCAGCCCGACGGAAUGAUUCGGUUCAUGCGAGGAAUUGACCGCUACAGUUACGACGGACAUGACUUCCUGGACUAUGACGCUUUGAACGACGUCUGGGUGUCAACGUUGGAAGCUGCCAAGUUGACCAAAGACAAGUGGAACCAAGUGAAAGAACUGAUUUCGUACACUGAUGGCUACCUGAAGACCGAGUGCAUGAGCUGGCUGAAAAGGUUCAGCGAUUUUGAAGCCAAAGAACCUAGAACAGACAAACCUGAACUCUACAUAUUCUCAAAGAAAUCUGUCAUUGCUCAAAACCACGUGCUAACGUGUUUAGCAACGGGCCUCCCCUCCAAAAACGUGCAUCUGGAGAUGAGACGCAACAAUAGAGUUCUGGAUCAAACCGAUGGCUUGAAUACAUCACAGCUGUCCCCAAACCACGACGAAACCUUUCAGCAACGAAGCUAUGUCGAGCUUCUACGCUCAGACAAGGCUUCGUUCAGCUGUCACAUGUCAAAGUUCAACCUUCAGAAGACUUGGGAUGGGAAACUUCCAACUGAGGAAUCCAACACUGGGAUCACUGCUGGUGCUGCGGGUGCAGCCAUCGCCCUCAUUCUUGCUGUGGUCGCAGGUGUUGUGAUAUACAUCAGGAGAAAAAACCUGAAAAACACAGUGGUUCACAGGGAGCCGGAGUUUAAAGCCCCUCCUGUAGCUGAGAAAGAGGAAUUGCUCGAAAAAGGCUCAUAUCCAGGACCUGCAUUGUCUAUUCGGAGCGAAGACUCUGGAACUGCUUCCUCCACUGCGUCGUCCGAUCGAAGCGGUGACCCAGUCUCCUCCGGCUCCACUAGCUCCACUGAAUUUCUGCCAGAUCCGAACUCACAUAAGAGCGACUCAGGCGAUGAGUCACCUGACAGCGGCGCAGGAAGUGAGGACGGCGGUUCAUCUGGGGCUCCCACUCCACCAAGUGAAAGAAGGGCGCCCGUAUGAAGCCAUUGAUCUACCCAAGAUGUUUGCUUUGCAACAUUUAUUCUGCAGCUUAUAACAACAUCUGUCAAAUCAGGUGUUUAAUGAGGUGUUUUUAUCACACACAUGCUCGCUUGGCUUACCGUAAGUUUAGGCUCUUAAAACCUGCAAGAGCUUUUCUUUAAAGUACAAUUUUGAAAAUAUUCCAAAAGCAAAGAAGGAAAUGUGUGGAUCUCCUGCAUUGUGAAAUAUUCAGAAAAAUGACAUCACUCUCAACAGUAAACUCAGUUAUGGUGACUUGAACCUGAACAGUGCCCACACUGCUUUGCAGCCCAGUCACCCAGUCAUGGUGGGUUCUCAGUCAAAUAGGGAAUUUACUGCCAAACAAGCCUUGUCACAUCAUUGGUUAGCUAAACUCACCAAGCUUCAAAAUACACGUGUAUCUCACUUAAAGUAGCAAUAGGUAGGAUUUGGACAUAAAUAGAUUAUUUUCGUAUUUCCUGAGACGACAGGUUUCAUUUUGAACAGUCCAAAGUCCCGGAGUCAGACCCUCCAGCUCUCUUGGAGUAUGCAACUUUCCCCUGGCGGGUCGCCUGAGGCGUGUCCUGAGAGUGGCGUCACAGCCCCAACUCCACCCCCAACGCAACACUUUACGGCCAAGGGCGACCUCAGUUCAAUUUACACCAUGGCAGAAGCAAGAGUUCGUAGUGAGGAGUCCAAGAAGAGAAAGCGUGAAACCCACAGAGCAAGAUCUCUGACAAGAGUCAACAUAGAUGCAUUCACAGCCAGGAGAGAACUGAGAGCUACCAACGGAUUUUCUUCUGAUUCUGAAGUGGCGAUGUUUCCACUCGACUUGUAGGUCAAUUUUGUGUUCACUGCUGUCUCUGUUGUGUUGGCAAAACCUGACAGAAAUGUCUAUAUGCUUGUUGUUUGUAUAUAAGUGUAAUCGUAUAUAUGUUCGCAGCGAAACAAGUGAACUGCAGUGCUAAAACGGGAUAGAUAUACUUUUUGUAUGGUGUAGCGGGUGCUCCGGGGUGUGGUGUCUCAGCCAGUGGGAUGGUGGGUAGGGACACACAGGUGUCACUUAUUAAAUGGAGACUGUAUGGGACGCACGGGUAUCUUGUUGAUCAGAGACUAAACACACUCAGACUUGA